GUUAUACGUAUCAUCAGUAGUUAAUACAGUUAUUGAAAAGGUGAAAAACUAGGAAAUGUAAUGAUAAUUUGCUGUUAUUUAUUUCUAAUACUAAAUAGUCGAAUUUUUUUCAAUAUUUCAUGUAAUGAUUGUUCAAAUGAAAAUUCUUAAUUUUAUUUAAAAUACAUUUUUAUUUUACAAGAUAAAGCAAUGAAAUGCAAUAUUUGUCUUUCAGUUUAUUUAUUUGUCUUCUUUACUGAAACAGUAUCGGGAAUGGAUCCAGACGGCAUAAAAUUGACAUUACAAGAAUUGAUCCCGAUGCUAAAAGAUCUUACACUGAACAUAAAGGAUUACAAAUUUAAAAUACCAGAAACGUGGAAUGAUUAUGCGGCCGGAACAGCGGAAUUUCAAAAAAAUUCUAUUUCUGGUUUGGAGACAGCUAAUUUAGAUCUCAUUGAGGCCAAUCUUCUUACGCCAAAAAAAGAAAAACUUACUCAGAACAAUAUUACAUUCGAGUUAACCUUCGACAAGAUUGUCAUAUUUACUGAUUACAAAUUGGAUAUUGCACUUUUAAAUACAGUACCGUUAUAUGGAUCUGGUACAUUUAGUUUUGGAAUUGCAGAAGUGCAUAUAUUCUCUAAUGUAAAAUUUACCGACAAACAUUUCCGGAAUAUGAGAUUAGAUGAUUUAAUUUUGAAAAUUCGAAUCAAAGAGUAUAAUGAGUCAUAUAUUACUGGAUUUUGGAAUAAUGAUGAAGUGAGUAAUUAUAUAACAACAGAGAUAAAUUUAGUGUCACAAUUUAUAAUAUGGAUUUUGAACCUAUUGGGAGAACCUUGUAUUGAUUGCGUUUUAAGUAACUCUAUGGAAUACAUAAUAAACUCAGUGAUUGAUGCCAAAAAAAUAUAUCCAGUUUAUUGUUCAUGUAUAAAGGAAAACUGGAAGGAGAGUCUGGGUGGUAUCUUAGAUGGUGGUAUCUUUUUCGCAAAAAAAAUGCUUGGAAUUUAAUUUUUCUAAAAAUAUGUAACUUUAUUGUAUAAGUUAUAGAAUAAAUAUUAUAAAAAUUAAAAAUAAAUUAUUUAAAAGAAACAAGCUUAAUAUCUGUUAAAAAUACAAAGUAUUUUUAAACAGAAAAAUAAAUAACAAAAUCUACAGCGCUCUUUGCCAAACUCUGACAUCAACAACUAUAUCUGAGGCAUUUUGAAUCCAAAAAAAGGAAAAAAG